AUGUAUUAAUCCAAACAAUCAACAAAGAAUGCUUAAGAAGAAAAGAAAUUGCCUAUUAAAGUAUCUAUUAGAAUUCGUCCUUUACUUAAGAAAGAGUAAGGCCAAGAAAAAAUUGUAAAAACUGAAAAUGUAAAAUUUAACAAUUUAUUAUAUUAAUAUAGAAAAAGUUUGUAGUGCUCGAAUAGUCUACAUAAAUUUUUAAGUAAGAAUUUGAUAGAGUUUUUGACGAUUCAACUUUAUAAGUUGAGAUUUAUAAUAAUCUAAAUGAAUGUAUUAAAUAAGCAUUUAAUGGAUUUAAUGGAACUAUUUUAGCAUAUGGUUAAACUGGAAGUGGUAAAAUAUUUGAUUAAAUAAGGAAAAACCUAUACAAUGUUUGGAAGUGAUUGGGAAUAAUAAAUAUAAAUGAAUUUUGGUAUAAAUCAUUAAUCAACUUACUGUACUGAUUUAAAAAAUGAUAUCUCAUUUGCUGGAAUUAUACCUAGAGUUAUUUUUGGUUUAUUUGAAAAUUUACCACAAAAUUUUUAUAUUUACUGUUCUUUUUUGUAGAUUUAUAAUGAAAAGAUUUAUGAUUUAUUGUAAGAUCAUAAAAUACCUGUACCAUUGAAUUUACAUUAAAGCAAACUAGAUGGAAUAUAUGUGGGUAAGCAUAAGUUUUAGUAUAUAGAUUUAAUAAUUUUUAGAAAACUUAACAGAAUAUGCUGUCAAUAAUUAUCAUGAUUGUUUAACAUUAAUGAAAAGAGGAGAAAAAAAUAGAAUUAUACGUUAAACUACUAUGAAUCUAAAAUCAAGUAGAAGUCACACUAUAUUUUAAUUGAUUAUUGAGACUAAUAAGGUUGACAAAAAUGGCGUACUUUUUAAAUCCAAAUUAAAUCUUUGUGAUUUAGCUGGAUCUGAAAAAAUAAAUAAACUAGAAGCACUUACUAAUGCUCAUUUUAUUGAAUUAAAAAAUAUCAAUUAAUCAUUAACUACUUUAGGUAAAGUUAUUUAAAAUUUAUCAUUAAAUAAUAAAAAUAAAUAGAAAUUACCUAUUCCUUAUAGAGAAUCAAAAUUAACAAGACUAUUAUAAGAUAGUUUAGGUGGAAAUACAAUGACACAUAUUAUUGUAAAUAUAGCUCCAAAUAUAUAUAAUAUUGAUGAAACUGUUAAUAGUUUAAAAUUUGCUUAAAGAGCUAAAAAUGUAACCAUAAAAGUUCAACCAAAUAAAUUUAAUGCUAAUGAUUAAGUUUUAGUUAACAAACUUAUAAAGGAGGUAAUAUUAUAUUAAUAUAAUUAAGAUUGAUUAUUUGAAAUCAUUAUUAAAUAUGAAAAGAAAUGGAUUAAACUAGAAUGAUUUACACUUUAAAUUAAUGAAGAUGCAAGAAGAGAAUGAAAGAUUAAGGGAGAUUUAAUUAAGUAAUGAUGAAAUCGAAAAAAUAAUUCAAGAAAAUAGAAAAAUGAAAGAAGAAAUAUAAAAAUUUUAAUAAUAAUCAUCCAUAGGUGAUCCUUCAGAAUCAUCUUAUAUUGUCAAAAAAUUGUAAAGUGAAGAAGGAUUUGCUUCUGAAGGUACUACUGAAAGAAGACCUUUAGUUUAUAAUGGAAUGUUUAUUAUUAAUAAGAGUUAGAAUUAAUAAAAAACAGAAGUUUAAGUAAGAUUUAAAGAUGGAAGAAAUAGAUUAUAAAUGAAGAAAGGUUAUGUUGAAAUAAGUGAAUAAUAAGAAUAAAGACAAAAAAGAUUUCUUAGUGAAAAAAGAAGAGUGAUGGAAAGAUUACAAUAUCUUGAAUAAUUAUAAAUGAAAAAUGAAAUGACCUAUUCACUUUUAUCUUCACCAAGUCAUUUCAAUAGUUUUUAAUUAAAUGAAGAAAAAAAAUCAGAAAAAUAUCGAUUAUUAGAAAAACAAUUAAUUUAAAAGUAGUGA